UCUGAAGCCUCCAUUCAUCUUCACCUCUUAGCAGUGUUGAAGUGCAACCAUGGGUGAUGCUGAGAUGGCGGUGUUUGGGGCGGCAGCCCAGUACCUGAGGAAAUCUGACCGGGAGCGUCUGGAGGCCCAGACUCGUCCCUUCGACAUGAAGAAGGAAUUCUUUGUACCAGACCCCGUGGAGGAGUUUGUCAAGGUGUCCGUCACCAGCCGCGAAGGAGACUUGGUCACUGUGCAGACGCAGAAUGGGAAGACUCUCACCUUCAAAGACUCUCAGAUUAUGCAACAGAAUCCUCCCAAAUUUGACAAGAUUGAGGACAUGGCCAUGCUGACCUUCCUCCACGAGCCUGCUGUUCUGUACAACCUCAAAGAGCGUUACGCAGCAUGGAUGAUCUAUACCUACUCAGGGCUAUUCUGCGUCACUGUCAACCCCUACAAGUGGCUGCCAGUGUAUGAUCCAUCUGUGGUCAUAGCCUAUAGAGGCAAGAAGAGGCAAGAAGCUCCUCCCCACAUUUUCUCUAUCUCUGACAAUGCCUAUCAGAACAUGUUGACAGACCGUGAGAACCAGUCUAUUCUGAUCACUGGAGAAUCUGGUGCUGGAAAGACUGUGAACACCAAGAGAGUCAUCCAGUACUUUGCAAGUAUUGCAGCUAGUGGCGGGAAGAAAGAUGCAGCCGCCCAAAACAAGGGAACUCUGGAGGAUCAAAUCAUCCAGGCUAACCCAGCCCUGGAAGCCUUUGGUAACGCCAAGACCAUCAGAAAUGACAACUCCUCAAGAUUUGGUAAAUUUAUCAGGAUUCAUUUUGACACUCGAGGAAAGCUUGCUUCUGCUGAUAUUGAGACAUACCUUCUGGAGAAGUCUCGUGUCACUUUUCAGCUGAAGGCUGAGAGGGACUACCACAUCUUCUAUCAGAUCUUGUCAAACAAGAAACCUGAAUUACUGGAGAUGUUGCUGGUGACAGCUAAUCCCUAUGACUACGCCUUCAUCUCCCAGGGGGAGACAACUGUGUUGUCUAUUGAUGACGCUGAUGAACUGAUGGCAACAGAUAAUGCUUUUGAUGUGCUGGGCUUUACUCAGGAGGAGAAAAACUCAGUGUAUAAGCUGAUUGGUGCCAUCAUGCACUAUGGCAACAUGAGUUUCAAGCAGAAACAGCGUGAGGAGCAGGCAGAGGCUGAUGGCACUGAAUGUGCUGACAAAGUCUCAUAUCUCAUGGGCCUGAACUCUGCUGACCUCAUAAAGGGUCUCUGUCACCCAAGGGUCAAAGUAGGGAACGAGUGGGUCACAAAGGGGCAAACUGUCCAACAGGUGAACUAUACCGUUGGUGCCCUUUCCAAAGCUGUGUAUGAAAAGAUGUUCAUGUGGAUGGUUGUGCGAAUCAACCAGUCAUUGGAGACCAAGCAGGCUCGUCAGUACUUCAUUGGUGUACUGGACAUUGCUGGUUUUGAGAUAUUUGAUUACAACACCUUUGAGCAGCUCUGCAUCAACUUCACCAAUGAAAAGCUGCAACAGUUUUUCAACCACCACAUGUUUGUUCUGGAGCAAGAGGAGUACAAGAAAGAGGGAAUUGAAUGGGAGUUCAUUGACUUUGGCAUGGACUUGCAGGCUUGCAUUGACCUUAUUGAGAAGCCAAUGGGUAUCAUGUCCAUCCUUGAAGAGGAGUGCAUGUUCCCCAAGGCCAGCGAUGCUACCUUUAAAACCAAGCUUUACGACAACCAUCUUGGAAAAUCCAACAACUUCCAGAAGCCCAGGCUUAUCAAAGGGAAACCAGAGGCCCAUUUUGCCCUGGCUCACUAUGCUGGUACUGUGGACUACAACAUCAGCAACUGGCUGAUGAAGAACAAGGAUCCCUUAAAUGAAACUGUUGUAGGACUGUACCAGAAGUCUGCAAUGAAGUUACUGGCUAUCCUGUUUGCCAAUUAUGCUAGUGCAGACUCAGCUGACAGUGGGAAGAAGGAGAAAAAGAAAAAGGGAUCAUCUUUCCAAACGGUGUCAGCACUUCACAGGGAAAACCUGAACAAGCUGAUGACCAACUUGAGGUCUACUCACCCUCACUUUGUGCGCUGCAUCAUCCCCAAUGAGACCAAGACUCCUGGGGCCAUGGAGAAUCCUCUGGUCAUGCACCAGCUGCGCUGUAACGGUGUGCUGGAAGGAAUCAGGAUCUGCAGAAAGGGCUUCCCGAAUAGAAUCCUGUAUGGAGACUUCAGGCAAAGAUAUCGCAUAUUGAAUCCUGCUGCCAACCCUGAGGGAACAUUCAUUGACAGCAAGAAAGGAGCUGAGAAACUGUUGGGUUCGCUCAACAUCGAUCACCAGCAGUACAGGUUUGGACAUACCAAGGUGUUCUUCAAGGCUGGCCUUCUGGGUCUAUUAGAGGAGAUGAGAGAUGAGCGCCUGUCCAAAAUUAUCACUGGUAUUCAAGCCAGAGCCCGUGGUGUUCUGUCACGAAUGGAGUAUAAGAAGAUCCUUGACCACAGGGAGGCAUUGCUUGUCAUCCAAUGGAAUAUCCGUGCAUUCAUGGUGGUCAAGAAUUGGCCCUGGAUGAAGCUGUACUUCAAGAUCAAGCCUCUGCUGAAAUCUGCUGAUGCCGAAAAGGAGUUGGCCAACUUGAAGGUAGAAUUCAUCAAGCUUAAAGAAGCAUUUUCCAAGUCUGAGACUCGCAGAAAGGAAUUAGAGGAAAAGAUGGUCUCGCUUCUACAAGAAAAUAAUGAUCUCCAGCUUCAUGUCCAGGCGGAGCAAGAUAAUCUCUGUGAUGCAGAGGAGCGAUGUGAGGAGCUGAUCAAAAACAAGAUCCAGCUUGGGGCCAAAGGCAAAGAGCUGAUGGAAAGACUGGAGGAUGAAGAGGAAAUAAAUGCAGAACUGACUGCUAAGAAGAGGAAGCUGGAGGAUGAGUGCUCUGAGUUAAAGAAGGAUAUUGAUGAUCUGGAGCUCAUUCUGGCUAAAGUGGAGAAGGAAAAGCAUGCCACUGAGAACAAGGUGAAGAACCUGAUUGAGGAAAUGGCAGCUCUGGAUGAAAUCAUUGCCAAGCUGACAAAGGAAAAGAAAGCUCUUCAAGAAGCUCACCAGCAAACACUGGACGACCUACAGAGUGAGGAGGACAAAGUCAACAAUAUAACCAAGGCCAAGGCUAAGCUAGAGCAACAAGUUGAUGAUCUUGAAGGGUCCCUUGAGCAAGAGAAAAAGGUGCGAAUGGAUCUUGAAAGAGCCAAGAGGAAGCUGGACGGUGAUUUAAAGCUGUCCCAGGAGAGCGUAAUGGACCUGGAGAAUGAUAAACAACAGCUAGUGGAACGCCUCAAGAAGAAGGACUUUGAAACCGGUAAUCUUAUCUGUAGGAUUGAAGAUGAACAGGGCAUAAUAAUUCAACUUCAAAAGAGGUUGAAGGAGCUUCAGGCCCGUGUAGAGGCACUGGAAGAGGAGCUUGAGGCAGAAAGAACUGCCCGAGCCAAGGUGGAGAAGCAAAGAGCAGACGUGGCCAGAGAGCUGGAGGAGAUCAGUGAGAGGCUGGAGGAGGCUGGCGGAGCCACUGUGGUCCAGAUUGAGAUGAACAAGAAGAGGGAGAUGGAGCUCCAGAAACUCCGCAGAGACCUUGAAGAGGCCACUCUGCAGCACGAGGCAACAGCUGCCUCACUCAGAAAGAAACAAGCUGACAGUGUGGCUGACCUGGGGGAGCAGGUAGACAACCUUCAGAGAGUGAAGCAGAAACUGGAGAAGGAAAAGAGCGAACUUAGGCUAGAGCUGGAUGAUGUCCUCUCCAACAUGGAACAUGUUGCAAAGUCAAAGAUUAACUUGGAGAAGUUGAGUAGAACUCUAGAGGACCAAGCCAAUGAAUACAGGACCAAGUAUGAGGAAACCCAAAGAUCCCUCAAUGACAUUACAAAUCAAAAAGCCCGACUUCAAGCCGAGAAUGAUGAGAUUGGAAGACAGUUGGAAGAUAAGGAAUCUCUGGUCUCUCAGCUGACCAGAGGAAAUAAUUCCUACGGUCAACAGCUUGAAGAUCUAAAGAGACAGCUGGAGGAGGAAGUCAAGGCAAAGAAUGCACUAUCCCAUGCAGUGCUGUCUGCUCGCCAUGACCGUGACCUGCUUAGAGAGCAGUAUGAGGAGGAGCAGGAGGCCAAGGCUGACCUGCAGCGUGGCAUGUCCAAGGCUAUCUCCGAGGUGGCUCAGUGGAGAACUAAGUAUGAGACGGAUGCCAUUCAGAAAACUGAAGAACUGGAGGAAGCCAAGAAGAAGCUGGCUCAGCGCUUGCAGGAUGCUGAAGAAGCUGUGGAGGCAGUGAACGCUAAGUGUUCCUCCCUGGAGAAGACCAAACACAGACUGCAGAAUGAGAUUGAAGAUCUCACGGUGGAUGUGGAGAGGUCUAAUGCUGCUGCUGCCGCCAUGGACAAGAAGCAAAGAAACUUUGACAAAAUCCUGGCUGAAUGGAAGCAGAAGUAUGAGGAGUCUCAGUGUGAGCUGGAGAGCUCCCAAAAGGAGGCCAGAUAUCUGAGCACUGAACUCUUCAAGCUAAAGAACUCCUAUGAAGAAUCUUUGGAUCAGCUGGAGACAGUGAAGAGGGAGAACAAGAACCUUCAAGAGGAGAUAACUGAUCUGAGUGAGCAGCUGGGUGCGGGAGGAAAGACAAUUUAUGAGUUGGAGAAGGUCCGUAAACAGUUGGAGCAAGAGAAGGUAGAGAUCCAGGCUGCUCUGGAGGAAGCUGAGGCCUCCCUGGAGCACGAGGAGGGAAAGAUCCUCAGAAUUCAGCUUGAGUUAAAUCAGGUCAAGGCUGACAUUGAUCGCAAGUUAGCUGAGAAGGAUGAGGAGAUGGAGCAGUCCAAGAGAAACCUGCAGAGGAACAUUGAUACCCUGCAGAGUUCCCUUGAGGCAGAGUGCAGAAGUAGGAAUGAGGCCCUCAGGCUGAAGAAGAAGAUGGAGGGAGACCUCAAUGAGAUGGAGAUCCAGCUUAGUCAAGCCAGCAGGCAGGCAGCUGAGGCCCAAAAACAGAUGAAGAGCGUUCAUGCUCAUCUGAAGGAUGCCCAAAUCCAGUUGGAUGACUCUCUCCGUUCCAAUGAUGAUCUGAAGGAGAACAUUUCCAUUGUAGAGAGACGUAACAAUCUGAUGCAGGCAGAGCUGCAGGAGCUAAGAACCUGUCUUGAACAGACUGAGAGAGGCCGCAAGCUGGCUGAGCAAGAACUGCUGGAUGUCAAUGAGAGGGUGCAGCUGCUGCACUCACAGAACACUGGCCUGCUGAAUCAGAAGAAGAAACUUGAGGCUGACGCCGCCCAGUUUCAGACUGAGGCAGAAGAGGCAGUGCAGGAGUGCAGAAAUGCUGAAGAAAAGGCAAAGAAGGCCAUUACUGAUGCUGCCAUGAUGGCAGAGGAGCUGAAGAAAGAGCAGGACACCAGUUCUCACCUAGAGCGUAUGAAGAAAAACAUGGAGCGGACCAUCAAGGACCUGCAGCACCGCCUGGAUGAGGCUGAACAAAUUGCCAUGAAGGGGGGCAAGAAGCAGGUGCAGAAGCUGGAGGCCAGGGUGAGGGAGCUGGAGAAUGAGGUUGAGGCUGAGCAGAAGAAGUGUGCUGAUGCAAUCAAAGGAAUUCGUAAAUAUGAGAGGCGUAUCAAGGAGCUGACCUACCAGACUGAGGAGCACCGUAAGAAUAUGGCCAGUCUUCAAGACCUUGCCGAUAAGCUGCAGCUAAAAGUAAAAUCCUACAAGAGAGCUGCAGAGGAAGCUGAGGAACAGGCCAAUACCAACCUGUCCAAGUUCCGCAAGAUACAGCAUGACCUGGAUGAGGCUAAGGAAAGGGCCGACAUCGCUGAGUCUCAGGUCAACAAGCUGCGGGCCAAGAGCCGUGAUGUUGGUUCCAAGAAAGGAUUUGAUGAAGAGUGAGGUUUUGGACCCUUCUGAAAACCAUGUUUCUGCUGUGUGUGGUAGUGUGGAAUAAAAUCUCUUCAAUCAGUCUGACAAUUACAUCUCUUACAUUGUGUCCCAGGUACCUAUCCUUGGUCAGGAAUUGUGUGGAAUAAAAUCUCUUUAAGCA